CGCUUGUCGAGUAAUCUGACAUCGGUUUGUUGACAUCAUCAGUUCGGACCUUCUGCUACGAGAUAGACGUACAGCCACGUCUGCUCAUCAUGGCAAAUAAUGUACCUCUUCUAGACAAUGAUGACACGCUUGGCUUUGGAGAAGAAGAUGAACCAAAAGGAAAGCUCAAGCAUCCAGUCGUCACACUUUUCCAUCUGAUUUUCCGGGUGUCAGCUCUGGUGGUUUAUCUGUUUUGCGGAUGGUACGGCAGUGGAUUUAUUGGUGCUUUUGUGACCAUCGUCCUACUUGUUUCAAUGGACUUUUGGACUGUAAAAAAUAUUACAGGGCGUCUCAUGGUUGGCCUUCGAUGGUGGAACUACAUUGACGAUGAAGGCAAGAGUCAUUGGGUAUUUGAAGCUCGAAAGGGUGGUCUUCAGGGUCGAGUGUCGCCAGUUGAAGUGCGGGUCUUCUGGGCUACACUUGUGGCCUUCCCGGUUCUUUGGUCCAUCCUCUUUCUCAUUGCAAUCUUUUCACUCAAGUUCAAGUGGGCUGUAAUUGUGUUGAUUGCCCUUACCUUGAGUGGAAGCAACAUGUAUGGAUAUAUUCGCUGUAAACUUGGGAAGUCCGAUAGUCUUACAGAAUCAAUGAAAAGUAUGGCCACUGGAUUGGUGCAAAAGCAGAUGCUCGGCAGUGUAACCAACAUGUUUGCCCGCACACCCCCAACCAAUGCUCCAAGUAGUACGGUGUAGUGAAGAAUGGCAUAACCUAUCAAAUCUCAUUAUUGGUGUGGAAUUUUUGUAUAAAUGAUUUAUAUCUAACUCCUCUGAUUGUAAUAGUAUUGGUAGAAGUAAAGUAUUUAGUAUUUUUACAAUUUUUCAAUGAGAUUUUCCUCAUCAAGCCAUGUUGACAAAUUGUUAUGAUACACCAUUAAAAUAUUCAUGUAACAAAGAGGUGAAUAAAGUACAUUUGAGAAUUUGGAAUGGUUUGAUUAUAUGAUAUACAAUGAACGAACAACUCUCUAUGUAUGUAUAUGUAUGUUCUGGUGGUAUCUAUAUUUAUUACUGUAAACUGUUGUAAUCUGAAGAAGUGCCUCUUUUUCACAUAAUUAGUUUACUUUGUUCUGUCAUUCCAAUCUGUAAUGAAAGAGAAAUUCGUUAUUGCCUUGUGUGUGUGAUUGUGACUGUAGGUUUCAUUACAUGUAUAUAUUUUAUGUUAUAUGCUGUUUUUCACAGGUUGUAUAAUAGGAAACUUUGUUCGGCUAAUAUAAAAAUCAGGCACAAAAAUUACAUAUAAUAAAGAAGCGGAACUGCACAAUAGUCUGGUUUAGAUAAAUACAAAGUUUCACCUUCUGUACUUCUAUCUGUGGAAGAUUUGUUUUGGUUUUCUAUUUGCAUAUGGUAAGAGUGUGCGUGUGAGGGAGUGCCAGCAUUAUUAAAAUUAGUUCAAUAAAAAUAUAUAUAUACAUAUAUACAUCAUAAUUUACUUGCUUUUGUCAGUCUUAUCAGAUACAAUGUUUUGUUUAAACACUAUUUACAGGUAUGAAUGGCAUCCCUAUGCAGUAUUUUCUUUAUUUGCUACUAUAUAUUUUUUCUUUUACUGGUGAUGUUCAAGAGUGCACCUUUUCAAAUAUAUUUUUAGUAUGUAAAUCAGAUAAAUUAUACGUGAUUUAAAAUGCCUUCCAAAACAA